CUAUACAGAGGCAAUAUGAUAUUUUCUAUCUUAUUACAGGCCUUUUUCUGGUUGGUCUCCCUGCUCCUGUCAUCGUUAGUCUGGUUCAUUGCGGUUAAAGCCAGUGACCCAGGGGAUGAGCUGCUGCAGAAGGGCCUCCUGAUAUUCGGGGUCCUGUUCUCCGUGCUUCUACAGGAAGCCUUUCGAUUUCUCUACUACAAGUUGCUCAGGAAGGCAAUCGAAGGGCUAGUGGCCCUCAGCGAAGAUGGCUGCUCCCCAAUUUCCAUCCAGCAGAUGGCAUAUGUAGCUGGCUUGGGCUUUGGGCUCAUGAGCGGCGCCUUCUCCAUGAUUAACCUCCUGGCAGAUGCACUGGGGCCUGGCACUGUGGGGAUCCAUGGAGACUCGCAGCUCUACUUCCUGACCUCGGCCUUCAUGACCAUGGUGAUGAUUUUCCUUCACACCUUUUGGGGAAUCCUCUUCUUCCACGGCUGUGAGACCCAGCGCUGGUGGGAGAUGGUGGCCGUCAUCUUCACUCACCUCAUCGUGUCAGGAUUGGGCAGCAGAGUGAGACAAGCCCCCAGCCAGGAUCCUGAGGGUCCAUCAGGAGCUUCCCCCCUCAGCUGCUCCCUGCCUGCCCUGCCCGCCCUCUGGUGCUGUCAGCUGGGACCUACAGUUGCCUUCUCUGCAAUAUCAUUUCUCUCUUCUGCGAUUGGGGGACCCCCCAUUCGUUCCUGCUGGAGGCAGGUGUCCGGGGGCUCCUGCAGCCAGGGAGUAGCCAGCAGACUGUCUGAUAGCCGGGGGCUGCUCACCCUGUCCUACCAACCUCUCUCCCUCCAUGCUGUGGACAUGAACUGGUUUAGCCCACCCUUGAAAGACACAUGAUGUGAAGGGCUCUACAGAACUCACUGCGGCUGCCCCACAACCAAUGUGUGUGGGGUGGGCGCUCUCUGCCCCAUACAGGGGGAGUCCUUCUCAGCCCCAGAAGUCUGAUCUGGGCAGCAUUGCCUGGGCUGAGGGGCAAGUGAGCAGCACUGGCCUGUGGCUGUUUGCCAGGAUACGUCAAAGGGCCAAGCUGGGGAUGUCAGGCAUUAAGGAGCUGCAAUGUCCUUUCCCCUUGCCCGGAGUGGCUGUAUCACAGGGCUGAAUUCCCAGCCCUGGCCCCGAGUGCCUGGCUGCUGGUAGGGGACAGACUGCCAGGUACUGGCCUGGGAAGGUGGGUGGCAUUCGUGUGGGAAGUGCAGGACAGAUGGGUGGCAAAGGAUGAGGCUGACUGGAUGCCCAGCAGUGGCAUGGGGAGGGAGGAGGGGAUGAGUAGUGACAAAAGACUGUUGCUAAGAUGCUGGUAGGGGAAGGGUGGGGCAGGUGGUGCUGGCACAGCAUAGCUGGUAGCUGCAUGACUCGUGCAGAAAUGCUGGGAGGAGGGGCGGUCACAGAGGUUUAUCAGUGACCCUGCCCAUCUCUCUGGUGGGGUGGAUAUGAGGCGCCUGAGCUGGCACCAGCCCUGGGGAUGUGGGGUGUAAUUGGAAGCAGGGAGCCUGGUAGCCAUGCAGAGGUGCCAGGGCCAAGAGCCAAGACUGGCUGAGUUUGUAAUGGGCUUUUAUAUCAAUAAAGAGAAAUACCAGCCUCAAAGAGAA